UUUUUUUCCUCCGUCGUCUCCUCUCGAUUGCGUAAACCCUAAUUUCCCCAAACUCGCAGACAAAAACCAUGACCCUCCCGUCAUCAACGGCGACGUCAACUUCGGACUCAACGCCAACCAUUUCCUCCGAGACGUGCAACACUCCCGGCUGCCAAGCCUCCUGGAUCAUACACUCAGCUCGCCUCCGCGGCAUCCUCCGCUUCUACUGCACGAACUGCCUCCUCCGCAACCACCCGGCGUCGUUUUGCCCCACCUGCUUCGCCUUCUACGACUCCUCCCCUCCCCACCAGUCUCGCCGCGUCUCCUGCUCCAAAUGCAACUCCGUCACGCACAUCCACUGCGCCGGGGACGCCAAGUCCCCUCCUUACCUCUGUCCCCCGUGCCGUGACCCCGACGGCUUCUCCUUCUUCCGCCCCGUCGUCGACGAGAACGGCGUUCGGUGUAUGGAUAAGGCCCUCUCGGAGGUUUUCUUGUGCGCGGCGAAGAUCGCUGCUUCGUCGAUGAACAAGGCGGUUAGUUUUUACAGAGGGGAAGCUGAGAGGAAAGGGAGAGAGGCUGCCGUGGCGAAGAAGAGGGCGAGGGAGGCUCUUGAGGAUGUGGUUAAGCUCGAGGAGAAGGCGAAGGCGGUUGUGGUUUCGAAGGCGGGUGUUGAUCAGAAACCGAAACAGAGUGUUGUUGCUUCGAAUGGGGGUUUGAAGCAGAGUGAGGGGUCUGCGACUACGCAAGUUAAGAAACAGAGUCCGUCAUCAUCAGCGCAAGUUAAGCAAGAAAAGUGAUUCUUUUUUUUUGUUUUCUUGGUGGAAAAAAAGGUUCAAGCUUUGGGUAUAUUGUGAUUGGAGUUUAGUGUAGAUUUGUGUAAGUGAUGUCCUUUGUUUUUCAGUUUCCUUUUGUUUGGGGUUGUUUGUUAUGUGUAGGAGUCUUUGGAACUGUGUGGAGUGUUAGGUUUCUAAUACUAAUUGUUUCUUCUUAUAUGUAUCUUUGUCACAUUAGAGGUUUGUGUUUGAGGCUUUGAGGCUUUCAUUGGUGUCUCUAGGAGCUUGCUUCUGUAGUAGUUUGAACAACUCCCAAACAGCCAAACUCUUCACUAGUUUUAAGACUAAG